UGGAACCAGACAAGGUGUCAGCCCUGGUCAGGAAAAACAAAACUUAACUGCAAAUUAAAAGUUUUCUGAUCUGCAGCCAUGUCUCUUCAGCAAUCCCCCUCGUUUAGCAUGAUUAUUAACCAUUGCAGCAUUUCGCGCUCGAACAGCCAGACCUUCUACUUGGAAACUUUUGAGAAUGUAAGGGAGCAGGCCGGACUCUUCGACAAUGAAUUGUUCCUCAUGCCAACGAUGGUCACUUCCAACAGCAGCGGUGGCUUCAAUCCCCUGCAGGAUUUCAUGGUCUGCGGCGCCGGUAGGAACCGCGUAAUGCAGCCGUCAGGAAUGCAUCCGUCAGGAAUGCAGGGAUCGGAAGUGUACAAUCCCGUGCACUGUGCUCAGAAUGAUCACGGCUUCUAUGCACCUAGUGCGGAGGACGUCAUGUUCAAGCGCACUGAUUCUGACGAGGAGCUGCAGGUGACCAAUGAAGCCUCCCUGGACUCGGCCGAGUCCAGGCCGGAGGGUGCGGGCGCGGGUGCGGCGGGCAUCGAACAGGCGGUGGAGGGAGCGAGUGACCUGAACGCGGAGCCGAUGGCCUUUCUGCAGGGAUUAAAUUCCGGAAAUCUGAUGCAGUUCAGCCAGCAAUCUGUGCUGCGCGAGAUGAUGCUGCAGGAUCUGCAGUCCCAUGUGAAUACUUUGCCCAAGCUGGAGAACCACAACCUUGGCGGCUACAAUUUCAGCAUGGUAUUGGAUGAACCACCAAAAUCUCACUGGAUGUUCUCGGUGGCCCUAAACAAGCUCUACAUCCGGAUGGACAAGAUCUUUAAUGUGGACGUUCAGUUCAAGGCGAAGAUGCCCAUUCAGCCGCUCAGUCUCCGUGUCUUCCUCUGUUUUGUCAAGGAUGUGAGCGGUCCGGUGCUGCGAUGCCAGAAUCACCUAAGCGUAGAGUCAACGAGCAUCCCGAACAUAAAGGAGCGCGAGAGUUUGCUGCGCUGUGAGAAUCCCAACACUGUCUACUGUGGAUCUGCCCAGGGAAAGGGCAUUUCCGAACGCUACUCCGUUCUGAUUCCCCUGAAUAUGUGCCGAUCUGGCAACCGCAGUGCCGGAUAUGUUCGCCAGACGCUGGCCUUCAAGUUUGUCUGCCAAAAUUCGUGUUUUGGCCGAAAGGAAACCUGCUUGGUGUUUUGUCUGGAGAACGCUAGUGGCGAUAUUGUGGGACAGCAGGUUUUGAAUGUUAAAAUCUGCACGUGCCCGAAACGUGAUCGCAACCAGGACGAGCGCCAACUCACUGGCAAGAAGCGCAAAUCCGAACCGGCUUGCUCCGAUGAGGAGGACGAGCCGGAUGUAAAGCCGGCCAAGACGCGUCGCCGCACCGCUUCAUACCGGCGGAAAGUAAAGGAGGAGACUGAGAGCAAUGACAGCAACGAUGAGGAGAUGCCCGCCUCCGAAUGGCAGGUGUCGCGUACAGCGGAUGGCGAGUAUCGUUUGUCGAUUACCUGCCCGAAAAAGGAUUGGCUCCUUCAGAGCAUUGAUGGUAUGAUUAAGGAGGCCGCUGCUGGAGUGCUACAAUGUCCAAACCAGGCGAAACUGCGCCGCCAUGCCCACAAGUUGGUCAGCCUGAAGAAACGUGCCUGCGACCUUCCGUGACUGAUGGACUGACUAGAGAAAUCUCUUACGGCCUCAGCAAGUUUUACCAUCAGAAGCAAGUGUUUUCCACAAGACACCUUUGUAUUGUCGUGUGUGAGGCACUAUGAAAAUGUACUCGGAUGGAAAAUGUACAAUUUUUAAGUUCGUAUAUAAUAUAAUUUUAGUUUGUUAGGUAUUUCCAAGUGAUACUACAAUACUACACAUUGAUUGGCCUGUGCGAGAUUCGAAAUAAGACAGUUUUAUAUUUUUGAUAUUAUAAUACAUACUACUGUUACCUACAAUUUUAUAAAGCUACCGAUAAGUAAAACCAACGUCAAACACAUCAAAA